AUGUCGGGCCGAAAGGGCAGGAAGGGCAGGAAGGGCAGGAAGGGCAGGAAGGGCAAGGGCAAAGGGCAGGAAGGGCAGGAAGGGCAAAAAGGGCAGGAAGGGCAAAAAGGGCAGGAAGGGCAAAAAGGGCAGGAAGGGAAGGGCAAAAAGGGCAGGAAGGGCAAAAAGGGCAGGAAGGGCAAAAAGGGCAGGAAGGGCAAAAAGGGCAGGAAGGGCAAAGAGGGCAGGAAGAGCAAAAAGGGCAGGAAGAGCAAAAAGGGCAGGAAGAGCAAAAAGGGCAGGAAGGGCGAAAAGGGCAGGAAGGGCAAAAAGGGCAGGAAGGGCAAAAAGGGCAAAGAGGGCAGGAAGGGCAAAGAGGGCAGGAAGGGGAGAAUGCAAAAAGGGGAGAAUGGGAGAAUGCAAAAAGGGCAGGAAGGGCAAAAAGGGCAGGAAGGGCAAAAAGGGCAGGAAGGGCAAAGAGGGCAGGAAGGGCAAAGAGGGCAGGAAGGGCAAAAAGGGCAGGAAGGGCGAAAAGGGCAGGAAGGGCAAAGAGGGCAGGAAGGGCAAAGAGGGCAGGAAGGGCAGAAAGGGCAGGAAGGGCGAAAAGGGCAGGAAGGGCAAAGAGGGCAGGAAGGGGAGAAUGCAAAAAGGGGAGAAUGUAGAAAAAACAGAAUGUAGAAAGGGCAGAAUGCAAAAAGGGGAGAAUGCAAAAAGGGGAGAAUGCAAAAAGGGGAGAAUGCAAAAAGGGAAGAAUAUAGAAAAGGCAGAAUGUAGAAAAAGCAGAAUGUAGAAAAAGCAGAAUGUAAAAAAAGC